AUGCCGAACAAAGCUCCGAGCCACAUGAUGAUGAAUUUAAAUGAGAAGAAUGGUCAGAUUUUACAACAUUAUGUAAAGUGCUUUAAUCCGUUUUCGUUUUUUUAUGGAAAUGCUUUAAAAAGCGAAAUCAGCGAAUGUGUCAAUGUUUCAUCUCAAUGUUUUCCAAUGUUUCAUGGAAAAUUAAAACAUUCGAAUAAGGACUUUUCAAUGCUUUUCAUGAAAGCUCGUUUCACUCGUCACAAACACUCGAACACAUGUUUUAUUGUUAUCGUUUGGAUAAGAAAUAUUCCCCUACCUACACCCAAAUUAUCUCUUUAA